AAAAACUAGCCGUUACCAUAAUUGCUGCCUGUCUGCUGUCUCCCUUCCCUCCGUCUCCCAUGGCAGCUUCACUAGAUUCACCAUCUCCGGCCCAUCUCAGCAAGGAGCCAACAAGUUUCAUUGCUUCUUCUUCUCCGAUCUUCAGUCCGGGUUCAGAUAAGCGAUUUUGGAGCAACCUCCGCAACAGGGUCGACACCAUUCUCACCGAUCGCGAAACUGCCCCAAAUAGUUUAGGAAGAUCUGCAAGAGCUAAGCGAUUGAAGGAGGAUUCCUUGCUUUUGCUGAGAGGGUUUGAUUCUGUAACACAGACUCUGUCGCAGCUGUCUAACAAUCUCGACAAUGCUCUUCGGGGAGCUAGAGAUCUUGCUAAGCCACCCACCCUGACUGACAUAUUGCAUAGUCAUAUGAAGAAUACAGAAGACAAGGAGGAGGGUUCAAAACAGAAACAAGAUGAAGAGGAGAAGAAGAAAGGAGUUAAGAGGAAAUUUGAUCCCAGUGAAUGCUCAGAUGAUAAAGGAGAUGAUUCCGAAAAGGAAAAUGAGAAAAACCCAAAAACCAUGACUAUGAAGAAAGCCAAAAAUCUUGCAAUUUCUAUGGCAACAAAAGCAGCUACACUUGCCAGAGAACUCAAGUCUAUAAAAUCAGAUUUAUGUUUUAUGCAGGAGCGAUGCGCUCUGCUAGAGGAAGAAAACAGGAGGCUUAGAGAUGGAUUUGCCAAAGGGAUUCGACCUGAGGAAGAUGAUUUGGUGAGGCUUCAGUUGGAGGCUCUACUUGCAGAGAAAUCCAGAUUGGCAAAUGAGAAUGCAAACUUGGUUAGGGAGAAUCAAUGUCUUCACCAGCUGGUGGAGUACCACCAAAUAGCCUCUCAAGACCUAUCUGCUUCAUAUGAAGAAGUGUUAAGAGGAGUGUGCCUAGAUUUCUCAUCUCCUGUCCCAGAAGAGUCUAUCAAUGAGGAGGACGAGGACAUUGAUGUUGCUGAUAAUAGAGAUACAGGAACGCCUUCCACAGAUGUAUCUCGUUUAUUCGCUUCUCUUGACGAUUGCUUUGACAAAGAGCAGUAACAAUGACGCUUGAAUCAAGUUUCAACUUUCAAUUCAAUUGUAAAGGUUGAAACUAUGCCCGUUUAUGGAAGCAUCAUCAAGAACGAAUACGAUCCCUUUGUUUUUUGUAAUAAAUAAAUAAGUAAAUAAAUCCCCUUUUUAUCU